AUGGAAGCUUUCGAGACGUACCAGACGCCGCUCUCAAGCCGCUAUGCGAGCAAGGAGAUGGCCCAUCUCUUCUCAUCCGCUAAGCGCUUCUCGACAUGGAGGCAACUAUGGCUCAACUUGGCCAUGGCAGAGAAAGAGCUGGGCCUGCCAAUCUCAGACGAGGCCGUUGAACAGAUGAAGGCCAAUCUGGAUCUUACCCCAGAGCAGUUUCAAAUCGCAGCUGUGGAGGAGAAGAAGAGGCGUCACGACGUUAUGGCGCACGUUCAUACUUUCGGUCAGGUCGCGCCGGCUGCUGCAGGAAUCAUACACCUUGGUGCUACGUCCUGCUAUGUGACCGACAAUGCGGAUCUUAUCUUCCUUCGGGAUGCGUUGACCCUGGUGCUGCAUAAGCUCGCGGUGGUAAUCUCCCGCUUUUCCGCCUUUGCCGCUCAAUAUGGCGACCUUCCGACGCUGGGAUUCACCCACUUUCAGCCCGCGCAGCUCACGACUGUCGGCAAGCGUGCGACACUUUGGAUCCAGGAACUACUGUGGGACUUGCGCAACAUCAAGCGCGCCAGGGACGACCUUGGUUUCCGCGGCGUCAAGGGGACGACAGGAACUCAGGCCAGUUUCCUAGCGCUCUUCGACGGUGAUCACGAAAAAGUCGAGAAACUCGACGCGCUCGUCACGAAGCUCUCAGGCUUCAGCUAUGCCUACCCUGUCACGUCGCAGACAUACUCUCGCAAGAUCGACAUUGAUGUUCUAGCACCUCUGGCUAGCUUCGGUGCGACGGCCCACAAGAUCGCGACGGACAUACGCUUGCUCGCCCACCUCAAGGAAAUCGAGGAGCCUUUCGAGUCUACGCAGAUCGGUUCUUCUGCGAUGGCCUACAAACGCAAUCCGAUGCGCUCCGAGCGGAUCUGUAGCCUCUCCCGGCAUCUCAUGGUUCUACACCAAAACGCCCUCAUGACCGCCAGCACGCAAUGGUUCGAGCGCACGCUGGACGACAGCGCCAACCGCCGGGUGACCCUACCCGAAGCCUUCCUCACGACGGACAUAGUCCUCACCACGCUCCAGAACGUGACGGAAGGGCUCGUCGUCUAUCCGAAGGUGAUCGCGAGCCGGAUCGCGCAGGAACUGCCCUUCAUGGCGACGGAGAACAUCAUCAUGGCGCUCGUCAAGGCGGGCGGUGACCGGCAGGAGGCGCACGAGAAGAUCCGCGUGCUGUCGCACGAGGCCGCCCACCAAGUGAAGCACCUCGGACUCCCGAACGACCUCAUCGAGCGCGUCCGGCGCGACCCGUACUUUGACCCGAUCAAGGCCGACCUCGAGCGUUUGCUCGAGCCGCGCAGCUUCGUCGGCAGGGCGCCGGAGCAGGUGCGCGCCUUCAUCAGGGAAUGGGUCGAGCCCGCGCUCGCGGACGCGGAGCUCAAGGCGGCGCUCGAGAAGGCGAGCGGCGGGAAGGCGGAGUUAAACGUGUAA